AUGAGCGCUCCUGCCAGUGUCGCCCGCAGGGCCGCGCCCCUGCUGGGCAACGCCCGUGUGUUUCCUCGCGGUGUUCCAUCCUCACUGCUCGCCCGCCACAUUGCUCGCCAGUCCCAAGUGCCCGCCCUGGCCAUAUUGAUCCCGCACCGAAGCCUCAACACCGAGCAACAUCGCUCUGACAACAGCUCCGGCCCGCCACCCGGUUUCAACGCGGAGCAGGCUAAGAGACCGCUCCCUCAGACCAGCAACGCGGAUGCAAAGGGCAAAGAUGCCACUGCUGCUCAAUCGACGUCAGCACCUGCCGACCAGACCGCGGCGGAGGCCGACAUUAGUAAACUCGAGGCGAAAAGGGCGGAGGUGAAUGAAAAGGGCGACAUUAUCAAGAAGGAGAAGGAAGAGCAGAAGCUCACAGUCUGGCAAAAAGUCAAGAAAGAGGCGCGGCAUUACUGGGAUGGCAGCAAGCUAUUGGCCACAGAGGUCAAGAUCAGUUGGCGCCUGGCGUUGAAGAUGGCAGCGGGCUACGAGUUGACGCGCAGGGAGAACAGACAGCUGCAGAGGACGGUGCAGGAUCUCGGACGCCUUGUGCCCUUCUCCGUCUUCAUCAUUGUUCCUCUCGGCGAGGCUCUGCUGCCCCUCGCGCUCAAGCUGUUCCCCAACAUGCUGCCGAGCACCUUUGAGGGCCAGAAGACCAAGGAUGCCAAGGCCAAGGUCCUGCGAUCGACUCGCAAGGAUGUUAGUUCCUUCUUGAGGCAGACGCUUAAGGAGACGGGCCUGCCCCUGAGCCAGGCCACCGCACAGAAGGAAGAGUUCUCCAACUUCUUCCGCAAGGUGCGUUCCACGGGCGAGGCGCCCACCACACAGGACGUCAUCAAGGUGUGCAAGGUCUUCAGGGAUGACCUGACCCUGGACAACCUGUCGCGUCCCCAGCUCGUGUCCAUGUGCCGGUACAUGAACCUCAACACAUUCGGCACCGACAUGAUGCUGCGUUACCAGAUUCGCCAUCGCAUGCGCCAGAUCAAGAGGGACGACAAGGCCAUCAGCUACGAGGGUGUCGACAGUUUGACGGUGGGUGAGCUGCAGAAUGCCUGCGCGGCACGUGGCAUUCGCACGCACAGCGUUUCGCCCGCGCGUAUGCGCAACGACCUCCAGACCUGGCUCAACCUCCGCCUCCAGGAAGGUGUCCCUUCCACCCUUCUUGUCUUGAGCAACGCCUACAUGUAUGGCCAGCAGCAAGACGGCGAGGCCUCCACGCAGAUUGAGGCGCUCGUGGGUGUGUUGUCCUCGAUCCCCGAGGAGCUCUUCCACGAAAUUGAGCUAGAGGUCCACCACGCCGAGGGUGCUGCCACUAACAAGCAGCGUCUGGAGGUCCUCAAGGAGCAGCAGGAGCUCAUCGAUGAGGAGAACCACCAGAACGAGGAGAACCAGGACAGCGGCAUGGCUACACCCCGGGACACCGAGGACAUUGACGAGAAGGAGGAGCGCCAGGCGUCCGCUGAUGCCGAAGGCGUCGAGAAGGGCGUGGCCAAUGAGAUGCUUGAUGCCGAGAAGGACCAGUCCAGGGCCGAGAAGGCGUCGAGCGAGGAGCGCAAAUGA